AUGGUCUGUGCUUUAAUUCCGGCCGUUCUAAAAGCUUUUUUCAACGUUCACGAAGUUGUUUCCACCAUUUUGCUAAACUGGGUUUUCUUUUUCGUCGUUAAAUGGAUCACGGCUUUACCCCAGUACCAAGACGUGUCGGGUUCAACUUUGCCGAUCCAUCCCUCAAUGGGCUUUAGCACCAACCGUGGUUCGUGGGAUUUUUUGGUUAUUCUGAGCAUCACGAUUUUGCUUUGCCUAACAAUCUUUUUAGUUUUUCGUUACACCACCUUUGGUUACCAACUGCGCGCUAACGGACUGAGCCCCAGCGCGGCUCGCUACGCAGGUAUUAACGCCAAGAUGAUGAUCAUUUGGGCGAUGAUGCUUUCGGGUGCCUUGGCCGGCGUGGCCGGUUUUCUGAACUACUCGACUUUAGAGGGUCGCAUCCCGCGACUCGGCCACGUUUUACCCACGAUUGCCUUUGAGGCAAUCACAGUCACUCUGCUAGCUUUUUCUUCGCCGCUUGGUUCGAUUUUAGCAGGCGCAUUUUACGGAACGCUUUACAGCGGUCAAGCAUUUGUGACCCAGGCCGGCGGCAACGUAGUCCGCGAAACGGCUCAGUUAAGUUUGGCGAUCGUUAUUUUCACCGCCGCUUUGGCCAGCGUUUUUACCCGCUUUAACUGGGGGCAAAUGUUGCUCAGGCAAAUUAAACUCAACAGAUCAAGCUGGGUCAAACGCCAAAGGGCAAUUUACCGUCAAAAGCGCGCCGAAAUUAAAAUCGUCGCCCGUGCUAAAGCCGAUCUGCUGAGCGACCAAAUCCGUCUCAACAAACAAAAACUCGUCGCUUUGGAGCGCGAAUGGUCGAGUCAAGUUGUCCAAGUUAACCAGAUCUUUAAGAAAGGCCAAAUUGACUUAGCGACUAAAAACGCCCGCCUAAGUCAAAUUAACCAACUUUACCAAACUAAAAACCAGCGCCUCAUCGGAACGAGCAGCGACCAAAUUAGGCGCGAGUACCGAAUCGAACUGAGGGAUCUGAAAGGUCAACACCGUUUUGAGGUUUUGACUCGGCUGGACAAGUACGAAACGCUUUGCCAAGAGCUAGUUUGGAAGUACCGCCACGCUCUGGCCCACGCUCGUGACCCCGAGCAAAGACUGGAGAUUAAGCAGCGCUGGUUUGAGCAAAAAACCCAGCUCUACGACUGGUGGAUCGGAGGGGAAAAAUAA